AUGGAUUGGUUUUCAUGGCUCUCGAGAACAAAGCUCGAAGCAUGUCUCAUCCACGAAUACGGCCUUUCCUUCUCACAGAACGAGCUCGAACACGAAGACAUUGCUUACUUCAACCACGAGUUUCUCCAGAGCAUGGGAAUCUCCAUCGCCAAACACCGCCUCGAGAUCCUCAAACUCGCUCGUCGAGAUCGCAAGAACUCUCCUCCUCUCACCUCUCGUUCGAUCUCCAGAGUCGUGAUUGCGAUCAGGAGAACCGGCAAGUGUUUCUCCGAUCACCUACGCGCCUGGAUCCGCCGCGAAGAGUCGUCGUCGUCGUCUCGAGCUCUGGUGCUGGUGCCGAAGAGCGGGAAUGGGAAGUGGAAAGGCGGAUUUAUGAAGAGGAACAAGAGAUCUGUGAUGCCAAGCAACGGAAAUGGCGGUCUCGAGAAGCAGCAAGAGAGGCUGCUGUUGACCAAUGGGACUCCCACUAGACUCGAUAGCUUCUCGAGUCCUAUGGUUUUCGAUUACAGCUUCUCGGAGGAUAAACUUUAUGCGCAGAAUUGCCAAGAUACUACUUACCUGGAAGAUAUCAAAUGGGACUCUAUGUUUCGGAAUCUGAAACCUACUUGA